CAAAAAUGGCUAGUCAUACAAUUAGGUAUGUAAUGAAGUGAUAGUUAAAAGCAAAGACAUGGAGACUGACAAAUACUUCUUAAUUGAUAAUGUAACUGCAGAAGUAAAACAGAUCAAUAAGAACGGUGACUAUAUUAAAAAGUUUAACAUUGAACUAACUGGCAAGGCAAAUUACAGUGAAAGAGUAGCCAAGGCAUAAGGCGUAAACUGCAAUUUAUCAAUUUAGGAUUAAGCAUAUAUGCCAUACAGCACUAAAGUUUUAUAAACUAAGCCCAAUCUUUAUACUCCUUAAACAGACAAGUUUGAUGGUUAUGCACAACUACCUCGCACUUUGUAAGAACCCUACAUAAACAACACUCGCAAAAGACCCAAAACUACAAUAGAAGCCACGAAGUACNAAAAUAGAAAUACUUCAUUAACUCUAGCAUUGCUUUUUCUAGUAAUUCAAUCUUACUCCCAAUUCCAAAUACUAAAACAUUAAAAUCAUGAUUGA